CUUCGAGGCGCAGCCAGUUUCUAUAGCGACGGCGCUGAGCCGCGGCUCUUCCGAGUAGUAACAAAGCCGCCCGCCCGCUGCCGCGCCGGGGCUGCGGGGGGAAGCGGCUUUCUCUCCAGAGGACAUCCCGACAGCUUUUGCCCAUGUGGAGAAGAAAAGGCAUUUCUUCUGUUCCCUGCAAGUGAACCUUUGCAAGAAGUUCUUUUUCGUGGAAAAUGGAUGCCCGGCUCAGAGUAAAGGACACGGAGUGCCCAAUCCCUAGCAGAAGCUGAAAACGGAUGAUGUCUACUGAUGCUAUUCAAUGAUGUCAUCUACUCUUUUUCUGUUUGAGAUGGGUGAUAGGAAAAUGUUCUAAAAUAAGACUGAGUGACCUCUUCAAACCUUGACUUCUCUUUCCACAAGUCUAAAAACCACCUGAGGAAAUGACCACCCAACUACCAGAGGAGUCCGUGGAGACCCAGAGCUCAGAUGAGCUUGAGUGCAAGAUCUGUUACAACCGCUAUAACCUGCGGCAGAGAAAACCGAAAGUGCUGGAGUGUUGUCACAGAGUGUGUGCCAAAUGCCUUUGCAAGAUCAUAGACUUCGGCGAUUCCCCGCAAGGAGUCAUAGUGUGCCCGUUCUGCAGGUUUGAAACGUGCCUGCCAGACGAUGAGGUUAGUAGUCUUCCUGAUGACAACAACAUCCUUCUGAAUUUAGCUUGUGGGGGAAAGGGAAAGAAGUGCCUACCAGACAACCCGACAGAACUCUUGCUGACUCCCAAAAGGCUGGCAUCUCUGGUUAGCCCUUCUCACACCUCUUCCAAUUGCCUGGUUAUAACAAUCAUGGAAGUACAAAGAGAAAGUCCCCAGACUCUGAACUCAACCCCAGUGGUGGAAUUUUACAGGCCUACAAGUUUUGACUCUGUUGCAACUGUGUCCCACAACUGGACAGUGUGGAACUGCACAUCUUUGCUCUUCCAGACCUCGAUUCGGGUGCUAGUCUGGUUGCUAGGGUUGCUGUACUUUAGCUCCUUGCCUUUAGGGAUUUAUUUACUGGUAUCCAAGAAAGUCACCCUUGGGGUUGUCUUUGUAAGCCUUGUUCCUUCGAGCCUUGUUAUUCUCAUGAUUUAUGGCUUUUGCCAGUGCGUUUGCCAUGAAGUUCUAGACUGCAUGUCAUCUUGAUAACAAAUGCACUAAAAUAAGGUGUAUUACCAGAUGUGUAGCAUAAUUGAUUUAUCCUGUUUUUGUAUUCUUUGUAUUCUUAUUUAUUCUUAUUGUCCAUCCCACUAAAUGGAAGCAGUGGCCCUAGUUACAUGGUCCCUUUUCUUCCAAAUAAUUUGACUCUCCUCACCCUGAGCUUUUUUUGAGCUAAGAAUUGGAAAUAAAAACUACAUGUUGAUUUUGAAGGGCUGAAUUUUAGAAAGGGAUAAAGCAAAAAUCGCCAAACUUGGUGCCUGCUGCUGCCGCCACUGUUCACGUGCUUUUUAUUGGAUUGAUCAAGUCAGUUCAGGCUGUAGGAUUCACUCAAAAAGAAAUUACUGUAGCAGACACCUUCCAGAUACAAGUACUGCAUCUCUUCACCCAAAGCAUCUCAAGCUCUGAAACACCUAUUAUUUAUAAUCCAUCAUCAUUUACAGCAAAUUAAAUCACUCUAUUGGUAAAUACUGUAAGAAGAAUAAAACAAAGUACUGGUUUUUUUGGUUGCGGUUAUAACAAAAGUACUUGUGGGAGGCCAGCGUGUUUGUUGGUUUGUUUGUUUGUUUUUAUGUUAAAAACUUGUCUCCAGAACACUUUCCCCAAAGAGAAAUCCAUUUUUUCUUGUCAUGCAGUUGCAGCUCACUGUGAAAUAUUCCUGCUAAUGAGUACUUCUGGGGACCCAGUCGUGUGUUUGCUGUUCUCCAGGUGCACUUAUUUCAGUGUACACAGCUUAAGCUUCCCUCUGAGGGUUCAGAGCUCUGCAGAUUUCUCUAGCUAUGUUCUGUUAUGCUUGCCCUCCCUCCCAGCAUUUCCACCACCACUAGUGACAUUUCCAAGCCACCAGUCCUUCCUAAUGGACGACCGGCCUCAUGCACACGUACUCUGCAGUAGCUGUGCUGGAGAAUUUGGCUUAUGUGACUUUAGCUCUCACGAUAGAUUUUUAUUCCCAACCAUUAGGAAACAGAUCUUCAAUCACUAAUACAAAUUCAAGAAAAAAAUCGGAAAUUAUUAAAUAAGGGUUUUGUUUGUUUGUCUGUCUGUUUGUUUUUGUUCUGAGCUCACAGAAUGAACAUUGUAAGGAGAUACUGUGGCUUUGGGAAGGUUUCUGUUUAAGGCAUAGUCCUUCAAAAUGUUUAAUACUCUGAACUCCCCGUCACCACUGUGAGUUGAUGGCAAUCUAGAUGUGGCAAUUAGCAUGUCUCCAUUAGUGGAGCUCAAAGGAAUUACUGAUACUUUACCAUUCCACAAAUAGAACCAGGCCCUGUAAGGCUAGCUUGUAUGUUGCAUGGUUUAGGCUACAUUUUGAGCUACUGAAAGAACACAAAAAUAAGUAAUAUUUAAUGUUUAUGUGUAUAACUAGGUCUAGAAACACUGCGGCUGCAAACCGGUUUUCUUUUGCACAGCAGAGUGGAGUUGAGCAGGGCAAGCCUUGUUUUUGGGUCUGGCACAAGAUUUAGUCAUUUCAAGGCAGUGUAAAAGGGAGAGGGGUAUGUUGUAUGAAAAUUGAAUGUAUGGCCUAACAAUAUACUCUCAGAGCAAACAGACUUUGGUAAGAAUGAAAAAAUGACAGUGGGAAAAGCAGAGCCUAUCAAGAGCAUUUGAAGUUAAGCUGCUUCAAUUUUUGUGGAUGGCACAGGUAGUAUCUUUGGUUUUAUUCCUACUGCAAACAGAGAAAAUGUGGAAAUGUAAGGGUCCUGCUUUUCUUGACACUCAUUUUAUAAUAGUGCGUAUAGAUGUGUGUGUAUGUACACAUAGACACAUAUGUAAGAAGAAAACACAGUGAAAUUUUAGUUUUCAAGUGUAUGGAGCUAUGUAUUGAAUGAUUAAAGGAAAUGUUUCAGACUUUUCUGUAAUGACAAUAAUUAUACCUAAAAUAUUUCCAGAAUUCCUAGAAAAUACUAUUCCUAAGUAAUUGUUUUAACUGUCUGUGAUAAAGCACAUGUAGUUUGAAGAGGAAUCUUCUCCAGUCAAGGUUUGACUCAUCUAUGAACUCAUAAAUUUUAAGUAUCCAACAACAAUUAUGUCAAAAAGAAAGAAAACCAGAAACCUAUGUGGCUUUAUAGAACUUCAUAACUUUUGGAAAGAUGUAUUUGUAGUGUUAGGGGUUUAUAUGUUUUAGGAUUUGUUCAAUUUGUCUGAAUAUAGUGUCUCUAAUAAAGGGCUGACUAACAGAGGACAUAGGUAUUGCAAAUGUGUGAUAUAUAUGAAUUACCUCUGCACAACAUGCUCUACGGUGCUAACUGUUGUCUUUUCCUUUUGCUUUUCAGUUGAUUAUCUUAGCUCCAGAACCAGGUAUUUUGUACUCUGUUUUAAAACAGAGCCUAAUUGUAGCAAAAUUACAGUGGUAUCAGUUACACAUCACACACAAAUUAACACACCUGUUGUUAUACUUCUCCACUUUUCAGACUGCCAGCCCAUUAAAUUUAUGCUGUUAUUUCAGGCUGUGCUGCAGUACAAACCCACUCAAAGGUGCAAGCCUGCAAAAGCAUAUUGAUUGUACAGCUAUGCUGCCACUCAGCCAGAGCAUGCUAUUGCAGUUUUGGGGUCAUAAAAUACCUAUAUGACUUACAAUAUGGCCAUUGAGAAUUGCUGGGAGAUAAAUCUCAAUUACUUGUGGAGGAGAAUUUUUGCUGUGUGACUGAGACUAGAAGAACUUCAGAUAUUACUCUUUCCUUAUUUUUAUUCUCUACCAUCCUUUAGACUUUGAACUGUGUCCUCUGCAGUGGAAUAACUGCGCUGAAAUCGAUGUAAAUGGGGCUAAAAUCAAGACUUACAUAUUUCUCUGCCUGCUUUUCCUUCCUUUUCUCUGACUGUUUUUCUCUCCUUGGAAAGUAAUGGCUCCUGGGGUUGUAAAAUACUGCCUGCACACCAAGGCAAUUCCCUUUCAGUGGGAUUUAUUCCUGCUAUGCCCAGACAUGACUCAACCAAGUACAAAGUGCUAGAAAUUCAUUACUACAAGAUUAAUUUAGUCCAAAUUAGAUUUUUUGUUGUUGUUGUAAUUCCUGCUUAUCCUAUGGAUGCAGACUGUAUCGUCACCAGCUGUUCAUUUACAGUAUGAUACCGUGGCAUCCCUUGAGGGCUGGGGCAGGAUGAUACAGCAGCAGCUGCUGGGCACAGCUUAGGAAGGAUGUGCUGAGCUGGACCAUCCUGUGAGCAGGACUCAGUGAGGGAUGAAGCUCUGCAAGCGUGGCCUGAGCCGAGAGCCCAAAAGGCAAUUAAGAGAGCGAGGGU